AUGAUUUCCUCCUUAAUACUUGGUUUCGUUCUCUUCACGGGAGCUCUGGCAGCUCCAGCUGGCGAAGGCGGCAGUGGCCAGCCCGCCAGCGCUGCCGUUCAUGGCGACUUGACCGUGCCAGUUCUGAUUGGCAUGAAGCAAAAGAACAUUGAGAGCAUGAUGGACUAUGUGAUGGAGGUCUCGGAUCCCGCGUCUGCCAAGUACGGUCAGCAUUACAGCCAAGCCCAGGUCGAUGCACUCUUUGCCCCGGAUGACCAGGCAAUUGCUUCCGUAAAGGACUGGCUUGUCAAGUCCGGAAUCGCCGCAAACUCCAUCAACCUAUCCCGGAACAAGGCGUGGGUCAAGUUCGAGAGCACCGUCAGCACGCUCGAGUCCCUUCUCGCCGUCAACCUGACGGCGCCAAAGAACGCGAAGCGCGACGUGAGCUCCGAGGUCAAGCUGCCACAGCAAAUCUCCUCGGUCGUCGAGUUUGUGCUGCCUUCUCUGAAUGCCUCGAGCCACGCGACCACUGGGCGCCGGACGAAGAACCGGGGCCGUCCUUCCACCAAGCCGUUUCGCGGCUACUUCGAUCCCAAUUCUCUGGAGAACUGCAAUGAGGUCGUCACCCCUGCCUGCAUCAGGACCAUGUACAAGAUCCCGAAGCCUAGCGGCGCUACACCGGUUGCGAAUAAUGUGCUUGGCAUAUUCGAGACGGACGAUAAUUACUACAACCAGGCCGAUAUGGACCAGUUCAUGUUCACAGUGGCGCAAAACAUCUCCGCGAGGGUGAAGCCGAUCGAGUACUUUAUCAACGGUGCAAAGCUCGACGCAACGCGUGAGAAUGCCGGGGACGAAUCGAAUCUCGACUUCCAAAUGACCGUACCGAUGAUAUACCCGCAGCAGACGGCGUUGUAUCAGAUCGAGUACCCCAAGUAUGGGAUGGAAGACUUCAACUUCAUAUUUGCGCAGUUUCAGGACGCAUUGAUCGGACCGUACUGCAGCGACAACGGGGACCAAGGCAGCGGCGUCGAUUGCAGCCAAUAUCCAGUCCCCAGUGUGCUUUCCGUGUCCUGGGGCUCUCAGGAACCGCUGGAACUGUAUUCAUAUGACGUUAAUAUUUACAAGCGCAUCUGCAAUGAAUGGGGGAAACUUGCGCUGCAAGGCACCACGGUCGUUGUUGCCUCCGGAGACAAUGGCGUGGAUGGAAACGGCAACAAAAACUGUAACAACGAUCCGCGCUUUCUGGCCGACGGCGCGAGCUCCUGCCCCUACGUCACCUCGGUUGGCGCAACUUACCUGCCUCCCGGCACUUCGGUAGACGGCCCGGAGGUCGCGGUGACCAGCUACGGAUCCGGCGGCGGCUUCAGCAACAUCUUUGAUGCGCCUCCGUGGCAGAAGAAUGCGGUUUCGACCUAUCUGACGCAGCAUGAUCCCAAAGUGCCGGAGGCAUACUUCAACAAAGCAGGUCGGGCAUUCCCAGACAUUGCCGCAGUCGGCGACAACGGAUUCACUGUUUCUAAAGGCGCUCAGCUGAUCGGCGUUGGUACGUCCAUGUCUGCGCCCAUCAUUGCUGGCAUCUUCAACCUCAUCAACGAGGAGCGCCUCCGAGCCGGGAAAAGCACUCUGGGCUUGGUGAACCCGGCACUGUACAAGGCGCUGGAUGAGAAGAAGGCGCUCUUCAACGACAUCACCGUUGGAUCCAACCCAGGAUCCCUCAGUGGGCAAUGCCACACGCAAGGCUUCCAGGCGGCGCCUGGUUGGGACCCUGUCACCGGUUUGGGCACGCCCAACUACCCGAAGCUGCGGGACUAUUUCAUGAGCCUUGGCAAAUAG